UGGGUCGUGAAUACAGGCAUUGUGUGCUUUGGAGUUGUUUAUAAACAAAGUUAUGUUGAUUGUAAUGACGUAAAGUGUCACUCAUUUGGUGGUGAGAUAUGGGAAACAAUAAACUCUGCCGUUUAUGUGCUCAGGAAAGAGAUAGUUUCGUUAGAAUUUACGAAGAAGAAGGGCAGAAAUUGAACCUAGCGACAAAGAUUAUCCAAUGCCUGCAGAUCUGGUUGUAUCCAGAAGACCCACUGCCAAAGACUGUGUGUAUUGAUUGCUGUGCCAAAUUGAACCAGUAUUUUGACUUCUUCGAAACAAGUUCUCGUGCACAGUUAUCACUCCAAAUCUUAUUCGACCCGAAGUUGGUGGCUUCCAGCAAGAAAGAGCUAAAGAAGGAGCCUGAGCUUGAACCAGAGCCUGAACAUCAGCCUAAGCUUGAACCAUAUGAACUACCAAAUUGUACACCCAAAGCAAAGGAGGAAGGAGAAGAUGAUGAAGAUGAAGAUGACGAGGAUGAUGAUGAUGAUGACGAUGAUGAUGAUGACGAUGACGAUGAUGUUAAUGUCAAUGACAGUGACCCACCUCCUGAAUGUACUGUGGCAGAUGAGGGUGAAUCAGCUGAAGGAGAUGCCGAACCACCUGCAUUUUUAGAGUGUGUAUUAUCUGACAAAGAAGCAAACGUUUCUCCUCAGAAAAUUGGCACUUCUGCAUCAUCCCGUCGGAAACGGCGUAUUCCUGUUAAACGAACAUUGGCUGCAUUGGCUGUGAAGGAACGUACCACACCGAAAGAGCGGCCACCUCCAAAAGAGCGUCAUCCAUCAAAAGAGCAUCAACCUUCAAAAGAGCACCAACCCUCAAAAGAGCGUCCUCCACCAAAAGAACGUCCAGUUACAAAAGAUCGGCUUUCUCCAAAAGAACGAUUGCAGAUUAAAGACACUAUCCAACGUAAAGAACGUGUUCUAAAGGCAAAAAGUGAAAAGAGAGAGAAACAGAAAGAGAAAGAGAAAGAAAAGGACAAAGAAGAAGAUAAGGAAACAGUGAAAGAAGUGGAAGAAAAGGCAGGAGAGGAACGGGUAAAGACUGUUGAAACAAUGAUUAAAUGUGAAAGGAAACGUCCAGGUAGGAAGAAAAAGGAACGGGAACCCAAACCUAUGAUCAUUAAACCUCCCCGUCCAAAAGCUGUCCUUGAAGGAUACCCCUGGCAGUGUACUGACUGCACUGUGGUGUUAUCAACAUUACAAGAACUGAGAACCCACCAUCAAAUGGAACAUAAUCAGCUCCCUAAUUUCAAGUGUAUUCAGUGUGCUAAAGUGUACACACGAUAUAGGAGUUUUGCAAGACAUGUAAAAUUGCAUCGCAACCCCAAGAAAUUCAGGUGUGAAGAAUGUGGGAAAUGUUUUUCCCAAAAGACAGUUCUACAGUCACACAGCACUGUUCACACUGAUGCCCGCCCUCAUGUAUGCCCACAGUGUGGGAAAGCUUUCAAACAGUUUAGUUCAUUGUACCUACACAGCAAGUGUCAUCUUCCUGACCAAGUGAAGCCCAAGUUCCCCUGUGACAUUUGCCAUAAAGACUUUGCUACAAAGCAUACAUUAGAAACCCAUCGGAAGAUACACACUGGAGAACGGAACUUUAUAUGUGAUGUUUGUGGAAAGAGUUUUAUCGCAAAAGGCAGUCUUGACUACCAUAUUUUGACGCAUUCUGGGGAGAAACCACAUCACUGUCCAGUUUGUGGCAAGGGGUUCAAGACAGCUCGAUUACUAGGCAAACAUGCCACUCUUCAUACAGGAAUCAAACCACAUCAGUGUGAUGUAUGCGGGAAACAAUUCAGAGAACGUGGCGCUCUUAGAGAACACAAUCGUAUUCAUACUGGUGCCAUGCCAUAUACUUGUGAGUUCUGUGGCAAGAACUUUAGGUUCAAGGGUAUCCUUACAGUUCAUCGCAGGCAACACACUGGUGAGCGGCCCUAUAGCUGUGCUGAAUGUCGUAGAGAAUUUACAAACUGGGCCAACUACAACAAACAUAUGAAACGACGCCAUAGGAAUGACAGUGACCCUAACAGUAUAAACACUGUAAGAAACUCCAACCGUACAUAUCAGGCAAAUAACAUCGGAGCUGGCACAGGGAUUACAGUUGUUAGUCCGAGCAAGAUGGGUUCAACAACUCCAACUUCAAGUUCACUUGCAGCAGGCUCCCUUGUUGGCAAUGUGUACAACCUGAGUAAUCACAGUGUUGGUGAAAACAGCAACAGCAGUACAGUCAGUAACAUGACAACGCAGAACACGAUUCCUAAUGUGUACAAUCAGAACCACGGAAACAUAAGUUCCACUGUUGCCAAAAUGGCAGCUGUAAACAUCUACAAUACACAUAUCGGUAACAACAGUACUAAGAUGGGGAACAUGUUUCACAGUGGAAAUCAUACGGGGGCUAAGAUGGCAUCUAUCAGCAAUGUGUUCCAUACAGGACAUCAACAGGAUAGCCAAGAUUCAGUGGAUAGAACCACACAGCCUACUACUAACCCAUUAAUGGGAUCAUAUCAUGUGCCAUCAUAUGUGCCAGGAGGGUUGCCCAUGGGAAGCAUGGGUUACUAUAUCCCACCUAUACAUCAUACAGAUCCUAAUAUGGACUUGUUACAUAACAGAAUGGCAAACAACCAGUAGCAAUUUAGGUGAUGACAGACACAUGCAGCAUAUAUAAUAGUGUAUAUUAAAGGAGGAAAGCCACAAGAGCUUGCAAGUAAAUGUAUGUGUAUGUGUAUGUGUACUGUGCACACACACAUGUAUAGUUGUAUGCUUAUAUUGAUAUGUAUAUUUUUUUAAUUUCUAUUAUGAAAUGUGAUCAUUUUGUCCUCAUUGGCAGCAGAUGUAGGGAUAAAUGCUAGAGCAGCACAUACAUAUAUUCUGUGUUUAUUUGUCAUGUUAUUUCCUUCAGUUCCUCAUGAAGAAAGUUAAAGAAUUAUAAUUACAGGAUUGAAUGAAUUAUUCCUUUAAAUAUUAUGAACAGUGAAUAUGAUAUCUUAUGAAGUGUAUAUUGAAAAUCAUUGAUCAUAGCAACUGGAAGUUCUUGGAAAAGCGAAUGGCACUUGCUUGCCAUCAGUAAUCUCUUGCAUCGCAUAAUUUCUGCUAGCACAGAUUCUGACUGUUAAGUAUGCCUAAUACAAUCAUAGUGUCAUGCCAUCGCCGUGUUUUUAAUUUUCACAGUAUAAAAUUUUGUGAAUUGUAGACCCAUUUGCCAAAUAACAGCUAUGUAUGUAUGUAUGUAUGUAUGUCUGAAGGGGUAGGCCAUCUCGGCCCUUGCACUUAGACCUCAGUGGUCCAUUAACAGCUAUGUAAACAGGCAACAGUACAACAGCUGAUGCUACGGAACACCUCUGUGGGUACAUGGUCUCCCUGCCACCAAGAGAACACACGGGUCUAUUCUGGGGGUGAAUAAGGAAGACUAGUAGUUCUUUUGAGUCGGUUAUGUUGGUUGAGAGUUGCAGUUGUGAGAAGUGAGAAGCUGGUAGCUGAGGCCAGGGACAGUUGAGGAACCCAGAGGAAAGG